AUGGCAAAACGUGUUAAGGGUUUUAGCAACGAAUCGAGGGCAUUCGCUUCAGUGUUAGAAGCUAAUAACAAUAACGCAAUUUGUCAUUCUACAUCGUGCAUAUUUUUUCUGGCCUGUUGCAAGGAUCCAGGUCGUUUAUCUGGUGUCACAUUAUUAUUCACAGCACUAUUAUUCACAGUGAUCAUUAUUAUCAACAAAAGAUUUCAUUCUGCAUCUUCAAGAAACGCCCUCUUCAUUAUCUUAACGGUAAUCGUUUGGAUAAUCGGUGUUGGAUUAAUAAGCCCACCUCUUGAGUGGAUCGAUCGCAUUAUUGCUGCUAAUGUUGCAUUAUUAAUAACGAUUCAUGCUAUCUUUUUUGGUAUAAAUCUGGAACAUUCAGCACGAAAAUUGAGGAUCGUGUUAUUUAUUAUUUGUUGUUCAUUAUUAGUGGCUGGAAUCAUUUUCUCUUAUCUUGCAGAAGUUCACAGGUUUUUAAAACAUAAUAUAUUUGAAAUUCUGUCAUUGAUCAGUUGGUGCGGUGGAAUGUUUAUGGUUAUUUUACUGACCAUAUAUUACUUGGUGAAGUAG